GCUGACGGGACAGCGGCGCGAGCCAAUCGCAGCCAGCCCUCCGAGCCACCGACACCUGGGUGGAGACUUCGGAUGCUGCGGCUGCAGUUCUAAGAACAAGAUAGAAAUCAGCUAUGGAUAACUCAUAUGAUUUCAGUGAACGCAGCGCAUGUAAUGGAAUUCCAUCGGAGAAGAUAAACAACUUCCUUGUGUCAGAAGAUCAUGGGCAGAAAAUCUUAAGUGUACUGCAGAAUUUUAGAGAACAAGAUGUCUUUUAUGAUUUCAAAAUAAUCAUGAAAGAUGAAGUGAUCCCAUGUCAUCGUUGUGUGUUAGCAGCAUGCAGUGACUUUUUCAGGGCCAUGUUCGAAGUCAACAUGAAAGAGAGAGACGGUGGGAGUGUUACCAUUACUAACUUGUCUUCCAAAGCAGUGAAAGCGUUUCUCGAUUACGCCUAUACUGGAAAAACAAAGAUAACAGACGACAACGUGGAAAUGUUCUUCCAGCUGUCGUCCUUCCUUCAGGUCUCCUUCCUAUCCAAAGCUUGCAGCGACUUUUUAAUAAAGAGUAUUAAUGUUGCCAAUUGUUUGCAGCUACUGUCCCUCUCGGAUAGCUACGGCUCCGCCCGUCUGUUUGAUCACGCCUUGUCCUUCGCACAGCGUCACUUCUCCUUGCUGCUGAAGUCCAGCGACUUCCUGGAGAUGAGCUUGGGAGUGCUGCAGAAGUGCCUGGGGUCGGACGAACUGGAUGUUCCCGAAGAAGAAACCGUGCUGCAGGCCGCCCUCGCCUGGACCAAGCAUGACCUGGAGGCGAGGCGGGAGCACCUGCCGCGCCUGCUGCGCCAGGUGCGGCUGCACCAGCUGCCCGAGGCGGCGCUGCGCGGGGGCGCCGGCGGCCUCUUCCCCGACGCCCGCCCGGCCACCACCGAGAAAUACAUAUUCGUCCACAAAACGGAGGAAAACGGAGACCACCAGCACACGUUUUGCUACAACAUCAAAGCCGACUCGUGGAAGGUCCUGCCGCAGUCGCGCCUGCGGGACCUGCCGGGCUCUAGCCUGGUGAGCUACGGAGAGAAGCUGUUCCUGACGGGCGGCUGCAAGGGGCCGUGCUGCAGAACCGUGCGGCUGCACAUCGCCGGGGCCCACCACGACGCCACCGACCAGGCCUGGUGCUACUGCCCCGCCCGGAACGACUUCUGCCCCGCCGCGGCCAUGAAGACGCCGAGAACCAUGCACGCGUCCGUCAUGGCCCUCCACAGGCUGUUUGUCAUCGGUGGAAAGACCACAGGAUCUCAGGCCAUUAAAAGUCUCUUAGAUGUUGAGUCUUACAACCCUCUCUCCAAAGAAUGGGUGUCCGUCAGCCCGCUACCCAGGGGCAUCUACUACCCCGAAGCGAGCGCGUGCCAAAGUGUGAUUUAUGUGCUGGGGUCGGAGGUCGAGAUCACCGAUGCCUUCAACCCAUCCCUUGAUUGCUUUUUUAAAUACGACGCCAAAACUGAUCAGUGGUCUGAGUUAGUAGCAGAGUUUGGGCAAUUUUUUCAUGCCACACUAAUUAAAGCUGUGCCGGUCAACUGUACGCUGUAUAUAUGUGACCUUUCUACCUAUAAGGUGUACAGCUUUUGUCCAGAUACUUGUGUGUGGAAGGGCGAGGGGUCUUUUGAAUGCGCAGGCUUUAACGCGGGUGCGGUUGGAAUUGAAGAUAAAAUCUACAUAUUGGGUGGUGAUUAUGCACCCGAUGAGAUCACAGACGAGGUGCAGGUCUACCACAGCAGCAGGUCAGAGUGGGAGGAAGUGUCACCGAUGCCAAGAGCCUUAACCGAAUUCUACUGCCAGGUUCCAACAUAAUUGAGGAUAUAGAAAAUCUGAGCUCUAGAUAAGUGGAUCAUUAUUUUUGCAUUUCUUGAACUAUUAAAUGUUCAAAUUUGUGUUGCAAUUAGGAAUUUCAGCAUUUAAAUUAGCUCCAUAUCAGUUUCCUGUGAUGGUAUGUACCAACUGUAAAUCACCAUGUUGGUUUACUACUUUAGUAAAUUAUUCAUAGUGAAUUAUUUUCUAAGUUUAAAACAAAUGACUGGGCUUUUGGUAUUGAUAGUAGUAUUCACAACCAACCUCUGUUUAGACGUUUAGCCACCUUUAACUCAAACAAGGGAAGAAUUAAUCAUCCUAGUUCUAAGCUAGGAUGAUUCUGCUUUGCAGAAAGAUAUGUUUUUUUAAUCAGUUUAAAAGACAUAAGCACUUUAGCUUUUAAGACCCCCUAUUUAUAGCUCAGGUAAUGUGCAGAGCAGAUUUCUCUGGAAUCAAAUGUAGCUUCCCACACUCUGUAGUAAAUGUUAAUCUGAUGUAAACAUACAUAUUCUUUAGAAGUAUGUUCCAAAGUGGAAAUAUACCUAAGUGAAGGUUCUUUUAUUUUACCAUGUAAAUGUAUGCAGUCAUAAGUUUCAAAUAUAUUUUUCAAAAUAAAAUAGGAUAUUAGACCAUAUUAUCAUGUAAUUUCAAAAUCAGGGAAUGUCUCUAGUCAGUUGCAUAAAAAGUAUUCUGUAGAAUUGGUGGCCUUCCUCCCUGCCUACCUUAUUUGGUCCUGCCCUUUCCUCUUCUUAUCUUUCUUAUCUAUC